UGGAAACGCAAGACGCUGGGAGGUUUGCUUGAUACGCUUUCAGAGCUUCCCAGGACGACGAAGGGGCCUCGGAGGGAGGAAGACCCACCUGAAGGUCGUGUAGAAACGGAGAAUCUUGGAAAGGGGAAAUGAGUGAUUCUGAGGAAGAAGAAAGUCCUAUUGCCACAGAGUCAGAGCCUGAAGCAAUAUCAGAACCAGAAUCAGAACCAGAGAGUCCUGAGGAGCCUGUUUAUGCCAUAGCUCCAACUGUUAAUAUCCAGGAUGAAGGCACCAUUGACGUGCAUUCGUGUCCUGCCUUUCAGUGCCUUGAUGAGUUGUUUUAUGCUGGAAGCAUCCCUGGAACCAGAGUGGCUCAACUGAAGGCGAAGUAUAACACUCUUCAUGAAACUUUAGUAAGUUUACAGGAAUCAGAGAUUCAGCUGUUACAGGAUGCCAAGCGUUUCACUGCUGUAAUAGAGCAGCAGCAGCAAGAACUAGAAAAAGCUGAACAGUUUCCAGAGGGAUCCACUUCAGAGUUGUCUAAACUAAGACAGCAGUACCUGAGAUACAUUAAUGAAUAUAAUGCAAUUCAAGAUCGAGAGUUUGAAAUACAGUACAAAUUAAAUAGUUUACUAGAAGAUAAGAAUCUUCUUGAAAAAGAGUAUCACAGAAUCCCCAAAGCUUCUGAAGCAGAGAAGAAAAUGAAAGCUUUGAGAGAAAGCUGUGAAGAGAUUCGCAGAGAAACAACACAUCGGAGGCAAGAAAUUAGAGCACUGAAAGAAGAUCUGUCAUCAAGGCAAAAACAUCUCACUAAGGAUCAGAAAGAACUUGAUGAACUCUUUCGGAAGCAAGAAGAAAUAAAAGAUGAGCUAGUCCGUCUCCAAGCCAUUCCUAUUCAGCUCGGAAAGGAUAUGGAGAAAUUAAACCGCAGAAUCCAUGAGUUAGAGAAGAAGAAAAAAACUGCGCAGGAAGGAAUGCAAGAAGUACUUGAGACUGUUAGAAAACUAGAGGCUAAAUCUGAAGAGUUAAUGGAGGAAAAGGAAGAUGUAAUGAAGGAAGUGGAUGGAAAAAAGGCCUUGCUGGAGAGUAAAGAACGAGAAUUCAUCACUUUUACAAAGAUGCAUGAGAUGAACAAAGAAAAUGAAGGAAGUGGCAUAGCAGAAAGGGGUAUUUUAGAAAUGGGUUUCCGCAACUGUGCUGUGGCAAAGCAAAAACUGCACGAUACUCUGAGUCGAAUGCAGAGAGAGAGAGACCGAGACUUCAGAAACUUUAAAAAGAUGGAGAUGCAAUUAAAAAUAGCUCAGGAGAGCUUGGAGCAAGUUAGAGCACAUUACCAGAGAAUUCAAUUAGAGAUAGAUGCUAUUCCUAAAGAUGAUGGGACACUAUUAGAAAGACGCAAGGAGCUCCAGAAAGAAGUUGAAAAUGCUAAGAGGAAUCUGACCCAAGAGAAAACUUCAACAGAUGCCGAAGUAAGAAUGCUUGAACAGUGUAUUGCUGAAGAAGACCAGCUUUUUAAAGCUCAGGAACAUUUCAGAGAGGACGUUGCCAACUUGAUACGUAUGAUUCAGCUAAAGGCUGAUGAGAGGGAACAGAAGUCAAAGGAUUGUUUAAAAGCCCAGGUACGGCUGAAUAACAUUAUUGCAGAAAUAAAAACAAAAGACUUUGAAAUAAGGGAACAUAUGAAGAAGCAAAGAGAAAUUCAGAGGCAAAUGAAAGAAUUUGCAAAAAUGUAUGACAUUGUGCGACAUGAGAGAAACAAACUGGUAAACCUUGUGCAUUGUGCCCGUCAGAAGACAAAUGAAAUUAAAGAGAAGGUCAAAAUGCUGGACAAUGAGAUGGAAAUCUUAAGGCACAAUGCCAUAAUUAAGGAGAGGAAAUUGCAAAAAUACCAGCUGAAGCUUUCAAAUAACAUCGCAAUCAAAGAAAGCAUCAAGUGUGAUGUCUCUAAGGUUCACCAAACACUUCAAGAGAUGAAAGAAAAGCGAGAGCAGCAGCUGAUGGAUGUUGAAAGACUCACCAACAUGCUCACUCAUACUGAGGAGGAAAUGGUGCAAUUGCGUAAAAAAUAUGAAAGAGCUGUUCAGCGCCGAAAUGAGAGCGGAGUUCAGCUCAUAGAGCGUGAAGAAGAAGUAUGCAUUUUUUAUGAAAAAAUAAAUGUUCAGGAGAUGAUGAGCCGAAAUGGUGAUAUUGAAAUUAAUGUGAUGGACGAAAAGAUCCGCUUUUUAAAGUUGAAGCUAACUGAGAAAAAAAGGCAGAUUGAGUUAUCACUGAGGACCUUGCCCAUGAAAAGAAGUCUAGAUGCUGAUUUGGUAGUCCUUCAGAUUCAGUUUUCACAAUGCAAGGACAGAAUUAAAAGCCUGGAGAAAUUGUUUGCUGACCCUAAUGAAGAAAAAAGGACAAGAAAACUGCCAGGAAAGGACCCUUCUCAAGCAGAGCUGUUCAAAAAGAUAGAGGAGUUGGAAAUACACCUAGCACAGAAGGAAGAGAAACUGCUUGAGAAGGAUUUUAUUUAUGAGCAAGUUUCUCGGCUGACAGAAAGAAUCAACAGGAAAGCAGAAAACGGCAAGCAAGACACAUUAAUACUGGCAAAAAAGAUGAAUGAACUACAAGAGAAAAUAAAAAGUACAACGCAAAAGAUGAUGGCUCUUAUUGCAGAGUUAUCUAUGAAUCAAGCCCUUGCCAUUAAACUGCAACAAGAAAUGAGGGACAAAGAGCAGUUUUUAAUGUGCAUCACCUCCAGGCUAGAGAAAGGCCUCCCACCUCCUAAGGAAGUAGAGAAGGAGUGGUUAAAGGUGCUCCGCGAUGAACAAGUAUAUAAAGCUGCAGUGGAAGACAAAGCAAAGCAUGCUGUAGAAGAAGAGCAACAUGCCUUGCCAACUAGUGUAUACACCACAGCUGAGCAGCGCCCCAACGCCUACAUCCCGGAUGAGGAAAACGUUCUCCCUCUGCCACGGCCUUAUGGGGCAUUGGCUCCUUUCAAGCCAGGCGAGCCAAGUGCAAAUAUGAGGCACAUAAGGAAACCGAUGGUGAAGCCGAUAGAAAUCUGAAAGGUGGAACUUACAGUUGCUAAUUGAGAACACUGAUCAUUCGAACCGACUUUAUGUUCAGUGUCAAUAGCAGAAUUCCCCAGAUUUUAUUGGGCUGAAUUGGAACUUUAUGGAAAGUUAUGCCAAGCAAUGCUGUCAACAUCUGAAAUACUCCCUUGUUUCACAGAAACCCUAGUGAGGCAAAUUGCAUUGCCCAGUAAGGGUUGGUGAACUAUGUUCCUCACAUGGCUGAAAAGGAAAAAAAAUCAAACAUUUUUAUCAAAUGUUUUACUGUCACCAAAACAAACAGCCAUAAAUAAUUACAAGUAGUAAAAUGCACAUAGAUCAUCAUUAGUACCAUACUUCUUCCUUUCUUGCAUUUAGAUUCCAAACAUUUAAGGCUAUAUUUGGAAAUGUAAGGAGAUUGUACAGUAAUCCAAGUAGCACAAUGGUUUUGUCUCCUAAACUUUAUAUAAUUUAUAAACAUUAGAGAUCUGUAGCUUGUAACAUACAGAUGUAUGACACUCUUGUUCAUUGUACAAAUAAAAGGAACUCUGUAGUAAAAUGAGGUUGUGAGACUUCUCUAAAUUAGUCAUUACAUCUGUUCCUCUUAAAAGGUAGAAAAAGCAGUCAGAACUUGUUAAAGAAUGUCUUUACCAUACAGAACAAAGGGGAAGUUCAUGAACCUGGAUAUAAAAAUGGUCCUGGCACUUUUUUCUGAUUUGUAUUUGCUUUGACUUCUAGUUCUCUAUCUCUAACUGUGCUCUGGUUAAAAAUAUUUUACUAUGCAAAGCACUGAAACAAUAAAUUUUUACUGCA